AUGGCACUCAGUGAUCCAUCUAAAUGGGAGGAUGGUGGGCAAGGGACACUUGAGGAAGACAAUAAGGGUGUACUGACUUGUGAGAACCACUGCUGUGCCCCAGAACGAGAAUCACGCGAGGGCAAUGGCUGUACAAUCAUAUCUGUCGAGUCAUUGCUCGAUCUCUUUGUAGCCCUUGCAUUGUACAUUAAUUCUGGUGUUGAUUUUCGAUGCUCUAACAGACGAUCCUUCUCCGUAUACGUUAAAUACUGUGAUACGGAUGCGGACGGUGUCAUUUCCAUUCCUGCUCCUUGCCAAUCUGGAGACAUGCCGGGUUUUAAAUCCAAUGACUUCCUUGAACCCGAAUUAAAUGAAGGAAGUAGGCUUCUUGAAUUGGCCUUCAGCGUUCGGUUCAUAGGCGGUGGCGGUGGCGCAACCGAUCCAGAAUUGGGACUUGGAAGAUACGGACUGCUACCACCUCGUGGCCUUCCUGUAAGCAUGGGCGUUGAAUGUAAGGAUGAAGAUCUUGAUCGAGAGCUACCUCCAGUGGUGACUGUUGAAGCGCCUGUAAGAGAGUCUCGCUUCGAGCGAUCACCAUGGGUCUGA